CCCGAGCCUCGCGCCCCGGUUUCCAGCCCCAGCUCGGCAGCAGCCGCCGGACCCCCGACGCCGUCCUCCCUCGACAAGAAGGCGAAGAACGUGGUGAACAGGACGCUGUCACCGGGCCCCAGGCAGGAAAGCGAUCUGCCGGCUGGCUUGGCCGCCCAGGAGGGAAACUGCAGCUUCGAGCGGGUCCAGAACAAGGAGGACGUUGCUCAGCUGAAAUGCCGCCUGCAGAAACUCCAAGCGCUGACGCAAAAGUCCAAGCUGCCCGCCACCUCCACGGAAACGUGCGCUGCCCUUCAGAGCCGCCUCAAGCAAGCACAGGCGCUGGAAGCCAAGAUCCGCAAAAGGCGGGCGGAGAAGAAGACACCUGAGCCGGAGCCAUCCAGAGAGCCCAGCGAGCCCCCGGCUGCAACUGGGGACAAGGCACCUGCCUACCAGAGGUUCCACACCCUCGCCCAGGACGUGCCCCCCGGACUGACGCUGCCCUACAAGUACAAGGUGCUGGCCGAGAUGUUCCGCAGCAUGGACACCAUCGUAGGGAUGCUCUUCAACCGCGCCGAGACCAUCACCUUCGCCAAAGUCAAGCAGGGCGUCCAGGACAUCAUGCACAAGCAGUUUGAGCAGUGGCACGUGGGUCAGAUCAAAGCAGUGUACCCUGCCUCCUACACGCUGCGCCAGGACAACAACAUCCCUACCUUCGGGGCUGGCAUGAAGCGAUCUGGCUACCAGCUCACCAUCGAGCCCGUGCUGGGGGAAGAGGAGAAGGUAGAUGGCCGUCCCCACCUGUCGGCAUCGCGCUUACUGGAGCGCCGCAAGGUUUUCGGCAGGAACCUGGUGAACCUGGUCAAGGAGCAUCACAAGACCUUCCUGACAUCUCUGAGCCCGCCCCUGGCCGUGCCUGAUGACCAACUGACCCGGUGGCACCCCCGCUUCAACGUGGAUGAGGUGCCGGAUGUCGUGCCGGCCGAGCUGCCGCAGCCUCCGACAGUGGACAAGAUGACCACGGCCCAGGAGGUGCUGACCAAAGCCCGGAGCAUGAUGUCCCCCAAGAUGGAAAAGGCCCUUGCCAACCUGGCUUUGAGAACGGCCGAAACCAGUGCCACCGAGCAGGAGGUGCCCAAAGCAGCAGCAUCCCCGGCUGGCACCCCCAGUGCCCUGAGAGGGGUGUCCCAGUCUCUGCUGGAGCGGAUCCGAGCCAAGGAGGCGCAGAAGCUGCAGGCCCUGAUGACGCGGGCGCCGGAGCGGGAGCAGCGACUGGCCAUGCUGGCACGGCUGCCAGAGAUGGCGCGGCUGCUGCGCACCGUGUUCGUGGCGGAGAAGAAGCAGGCGCUGACAGUGGAGGUGGCCUGCACCCACAUGAUCGACAGCUACCGCACCACAAUGGCGCCUGGUGAGAUGGAGAAGCACCUGCGUCUCUUCUCCGAGGUGCUGCCUGACUGGGUCAGCCUCCACCCCAUCCGCCAGGACACCUACAUCAAGCUGGACAAGAGCAAGGACCUCAACAUCAUCGUGGAGAGACUGAGCAAGCUGAUCCACGAGGAGGAGAGGCUCUGA